AUGUCGACAUAUGAAUAUAAUCCUUACUUUACAGGGAAUGGGACAUACAGACCUGUAAAUCCUCUAAUAUCGAAAGUUGGUGAUUUUACUCCAUUUUACAUAGCGAUUGCGAUCUGCACAGUAAUUCUCGGCAGUAUUAUUCUAUUGAACGUCAUCUGCUGUUGUUCACGGUACUCGGAUUAUUGGCUGGACAGGCAUACAGGUAAUCGUUGGCUUGUAUCAAUUUGGUCAGCUACACCGCACAAGCAGCCACCUCUAGACUUCACAGAGCUGGAAAGCAACUUCCAAGAAGUGCACUACAUUCAUAGAUUCAACGAUAGCAGUGAAGAUUACCGUGAAGCUCACCGUCAGGCUGUACCACCGUCAGUCUCACAACAACCCCUCACAUCUUCCCAGGAAUACUUAGAACUGCACAAACGCGAAAGUGAUAUAUAA